GCUGCAGAGUUCAGUUACCGACCAUCGCAACCAUGGAGAAGCUGCUGCUGUCCCGGCUUCUGUUGCUGCUCCUCGUCCAGCACCAGCUCGUCCAGGAGGCCCACUCCCAGCGGAAUCCCCAGCUGGACGCACUGAGGCGACUGGGCUUGGGCAAUGUCAUCAAUGUGCCUUUCUUCAGCGAUGUACCUCAAAAGAACUACGAUUUCAUAGUGGUUGGCUCUGGAGCUGCCGGCUGCACCCUGGCCGCCCGCCUCUCCGAGAAUCCCAACUGGAGUGUGUUCCUCAUCGAGGCUGGAGGUGUGGAGAACAUAGUGCACCAGGUGCCGCUCCUGGCGGCCUACCUGCAGUCCACCGCCUCCAACUGGGGCUACAACUCGCAGCCUCAAAAGCACGCCUGUCGCGGAAUGCCGGACAACAAGUGCGCCCUGCCCAGGGGAAAGGUGCUCGGAGGCACCAGCUCCAUCAACUACAUGAUCUACAAUCGGGGCAAUCGCCGGGACUUCGAUGGCUGGGCGGCAGCUGGAAAUCCCGGCUGGAGCUACGACGAGGUGCUGCCCUACUUCCUGAGGAGCGAGCAUGCGCAGCUGCAGGGCCUGGAGCACUCGCCGUACCACAACCACAGUGGGCCCCUGAGCGUGGAGGAUGUGCGUCAUCGCACGCGUCUGGCCCAUGCCUACAUACGGGCUGCCCAGGAGGCGGGUCAUCCGAGGACGGACUACAAUGGUGAAUCCCAGCUGGGGGUUUCCUAUGUCCAGGCCACCACCCUGAAGGGUCGCAGACACAGCGCAUUUCGGGCCUACAUAGAACCCAUAAGAUCCAGACGCCGUAAUCUGCACAUCCUGACCCUGGCUCGGGUCACCCGCGUUCUCAUAGAUGCAGCUACCAACUCCGCCUACGGCGUGGAGUUGACCCACCAGGGCAGAAGCUUUAAGGUGAAAGCCCGCAAGGAGGUGAUCCUAUCGGCGGGUGCCUUCAACUCCCCCCAACUGCUGAUGCUCUCGGGGAUCGGGCCAGAGGACAACCUGAAGGCCAUCGGAGUGCCCCUGGUAAAAGCUCUGCCGGUGGGCAAGAGGAUGUACGACCACAUGUGCCACUUUGGACCCACCUUCGUGACCAACACCACGGGAGAGAGUCUGUUCUCCGCCAAUUUGGGCGCACCAGUGGUCAAGGAGUUCCUGCUGGGCCGCGCCGACACCUUCCUGUCCAGCAUCGGUGGCGUGGAGACACUCACCUUCAUCAAGGUGCCCUCGGCCCAGAGCCCGGCCAGCCAGCCCGACGUGGAGCUGAUCCAAGUGGCCGGCAGCCUGGCCAGCGAUGAUGGCAGUGCCCUGGCCAAGGGAGCCAACUUCAAGCCGGAGAUCUACGAGAAAAUGUACAAGGAUCUGGCGCUGCGGCAGCAGGAUCACUUCAGCUUCCUCGUCAUGCACUUCAAUCCCGCCUCCGUGGGCCGCCUCUGGCUCCACAAUCGCAAUCCGCUCGAGUGGCCACGCAUCGAUCCCAAGUACUUUUCGGCCCCGGCGGACGUGGAGAACCUGCUGGAGGGCAUUAAGGAGGCCAUCAGGAUCUCCAAGAUGCCGGCCAUGCAGGCCAUUGGCACCAGGCUGCUUGACAAGCCGGUGCCGGGCUGUGAGAGCCACGAGUUCGCCUCCGACGACUACUGGAGGUGCUCCAUACGAACGCUGUCCUACACGCUGCACCACCAGGUGGCCACCUGUCGCAUGGGGCCCGAGAGCGAUCCCACCACCGUGGUCAGCCACCAGCUGAAGGUGCACGGCAUGCGGCGCCUCCGGGUGGUGGACACCAGCGUGAUCCCAGUGCCGCCCACCGCCCACACGAACGCGGCGGCCUUCAUGAUCGGCGAGAAGGCGGCGGACCUGAUACGAUCCGAGUGGAGCUGAGCGACUCUGGAGGGAGAUCGCUCUAAGAGGCCACGGCGAUUUAUGUAAAGGGGUUAAUAAAAUGCGAGAGGAAAGUUGGACGAAAGCAAACAGGUACACUUCGAAUGCGAAACGGUUUGAAAACAUUAGGGAUUUUUUUUCAUAUUUUAAAAGGCUUAAUUUGUAAGGUGUUUUUGGGACCCCUAAGGAUAUCAUUCCAAACAUUUACAGCGCGUAUUAUAAAAUGUCAAAUUCAUUUUAACAGCAGCAUUCUUUUUUUUGUAAUAAAAAGUAGCUUAAAAAAAACAAAUACUAUUUUUUAAUUGG